UCAGUCAGUGAUACUCUCACUCACCAACCAUCCCAAUACACAAUCCACAAGCUCAAGUCCUUUGAGUACAUCAAAUUGUGGUAUUCCAGCCUUAACAGAUGCAGAGAGGCAGCUGACAAAGCCAAGUCAUUAGCAGACAGUACCUUUGGCUUCAUGAAGGUCAACAAUUUUGUAGCCUUGAAGGCCAUAGCCUCAUUCAGGCCAUCCCACAAGGUUAUCCAAGGCCAUGGUCUUGAAUGGUGUCAGUUCAAUAUGGCGAAGAACAGCUUCCUAGUGUACAUCAACAAGCUUAACUGG